AUGGAGUAUCCUCUGGUGUGUGUUCUCAUCCUGGUGCUGCUCAAUUUCACUACAGGUAAAGUGGACAAUUAGCUCAUUCUGGAAAUAUAUUGAUGCCUAUUUGUGCUAUAUGGCACAAACGCUUUGUUAAAUAAGUAGCAGGUUGUCAAAUGUCUCUGUUUGGUUGAUGCACUUCAGUCAAACAGUAUCAAGUCAGCAAGAAGGAGAUUUCUAUUUAUCUGACAUUGACAACCAAUGUCUAGAGUAGACACUAGACAUAGAUAGUAAGUCAUUUUGUAAAUUGUGCGUUCAACUUGAAGGCACUAAUUUUGAAUGAAAAGCUUGUAUUUCUGUUAAAGUGCCAUAGUCUGAAGAUUUGAUUAAUCUCAAUUAAACUAUUUUAAAGAACUAUAAAGACUUUUGUACUGAUUAAUAAUAAGAAAUGUAAAGACUUUUGUACUGAUUAAUAAUAUCUCAAAACAUGAACUAAACUCAUCAAUCCAUCCUCUUCUAGAUGUCUCUGGCCAGGCUGUGGUUCCCUCUAUGAACCCCUUAGCUGUGGGAAGUAAUGUCACACUGAACCUAGUUCCCCAAAGCCCCAUCACCAUAGGGACCUGGUCAUAUGAAACUACAGUCGUCGUACUUUUCUAUCCUGGUGGCAGUAGUGUGAGGAAAAUGUAUCAAGGCAGAAUCUCAUUCAACCGCUCCUCCUCAGAGCUGUCCAUAAGCUCUCUCCAGCUCAACGACUCAGGACGAUAUACUGUCCAGGGAAUGGAGCCAGUCCUGAACGCAGUGGUGACUUUGUCUGUCCAGGGUAAGGAACUGACAUCAGCCUGUCUGUUUAUCUUUCUACGAUGGUAGACUCUCACACACUGGCACACACGGUCACUUGCUCGCACACAUGCUCACCUGCACACCUAUUCAUAUAUUUUCUUGCACGCAGGUUCACAUGCAAACAUGCAUGCACAUCAGUGGAGGCUGCUGAGGGGAGGACAGCUCUUAAUAAUGGCUGGAAUUUAGUGUAAUGGAGUGAAUGGAAUGGUAUCAAACAUAUGAAAAACAUGUUUUUGAUACCAUUCCAUUUACUCCAUUCCAGCCAUUGUUAUGAGCCGUUCUCACUUCAGCAGCCUCCACGGAUGCGCAUACAUUAUCUAUCAAUGAUUAAUCUCUGUCACAAUAAUAAAAGGCAAAGUCAUUUUCCUGACAUGGAAAGCUAACACUUAAAUGUGUCAAUGUAUUCUGAACCUAUGUCACGAUCGUCGUAUUGAACAGACCAAGGCGCAGCGUGAUGAACGAACAUGUUUAACUUUAUUAUCUUUAGUGAUAAUAGAACACAAUCAACAAAACAAGAAACGACUCGUGAAGUCCACGGUAACAAUGACCGAACACGGAACAAGAACCCACAAACACAAAGGGAAAAUAGACAGUAUAAAUAUGGCUCCCAAUCAGAGACAACCAACGACAGCUGACACUCGUUGCCUCUGAUUGGGAGUCACUCUAGCCAACAUAGAAAUAAACACAACAGAAUUACCAACAUAGAAAUAAACACAUAGAAUGAACACACCCUGGCUCAACAUAUAGAGUCCCAGAGCCAGGGUGUGACAGUACCCCCCCCCUAAAGGCGCAGACUGCGACCGCGCCUCAACCUGAACAAAACAGGGGAGGGCUGGGCGGGCAUACCUCCUCGGCGGCGGUUCUGGCUCCGGCCUUGACCACCACCCUCCAAUAAACCCCCCAUAGCGCCCCUGGUCCAGUCUGGCCCCGCCGGCUGGAGCUGAACUGGACUUAGCAGGAGCGGUUAGCUUCAGCUCCAAAGUGGAGCAGUUGACCGGUACCUUACCAGGCACCGGUGACCCAGGCACGGGUUGUGCUGGACUGACGACGCGCACCCCUGGCUUGGUGCGUGGAGGAGGAACGGGCCUUACCAGGCUGACGACGCGCACCCCUGGCUUGGUGCGUGGAGGAGGAACAUGCCUUACCAGGCUGACGACUCGCACCCCUGGCUUAGUGCGUGGAGGAGGAACGGGCCUUACCAGGCUGACGACUCGCACCCCUGGCUUAGUGCGUGGAGGAGGAACGGGCCUUACCAGGCUGACGACUCGCACCCCUGGCUUGGUGGGUGGAGGAGGGACGGGCCUUACCAGGCUGACGUCUCGCACCCCUGGCUUAGUGCGAGUAGCAGGAACAGGCCUUACCAGGCUGACGUCUCGCACCCCUGGCUUAGUGCGAGUAGCAGGAACAGGCCGGGCCGGGCUGGCGAUGCGCACCGUAGACUUGGUGCGAGUGGCAGGAACAGGCCGGGCCGGGCUGGCGACGCGCACCGUAGACUUGGUGCGAGUGGCAGGAACAGGCCGGGCCGGGCUGGCGACGCGCACCGUAGACUUGGUGCGAGUGGCAGGAACAGGCCGGGCCGGGCUGGCGACGUGCACCGUAGACUUGGUGCGAGUGGCAGGAACAGGCCGGGCCGGGCUGGCGACGCGCACCGUAGACUUGGUGCGAGUGGCAGGAACAGGCCGGGCCGGGCUGGCGACGCGCACCGUAUACUUGGUGCGAGUGGCAGGAACAGGCCGGGCCGGGCUGGCGACGCGCACCGUAGACUUGGUGCGAGUGGCAGGAACAGGCCGGGCCGGGCUGGCGACGCGCACCGUAUACUUGGUGCGAGUGGCAGGAACAGGCUGGGCCGGGCUGGCGACGCGCACCGUAGACUUGGUGCGAGUGGCAGGAACAGGCCGGGCCGGGCUGGCGACGCGCACCGUAUACUUGGUGCGAGUGGCAGGAACAGGCCGGGCCGGGCUGGCGACGCACACCAUAGGCUUGGUGCGUGGAGCAGGGACAGGCCGGACUGGGCUGGCGACGCACACCGUAGGCUUGGUGCGUGGAGCAGGGACAGGCCAAACCGGGCUGGCGACGCACACCGUAGGCUUGGUGCGUGGAGCAGGGACUGGCCGGACUGGGCUGGCGACGCACACCGUAGGCUUUGUGCGUGGAGCAGGGACAGGCCGAACCGGGCUGUGGAGACAGAUAGGAGACCUGGAGUGAAGAGCGGCCACAACCCGUCCUGGCUGAAUGCCUACCCUCACACACUCUGUGUGAGGCAUCCGCACAGGACGUACAGGGCGGUGUAUCCGUAACCUGGUGGCCUUCUGAAUCCGCCCCUUUUUUGCCUCCGUCAGCCCCGUCAUCCAUGCCGUGUGCCCCCCCCCUAAAAAUUUUCUGGGGUUGCCUCUCGACCGUCCGACGACGACCCUGAUCACGCCGUUGCUCCUCUCUCCGUCGCCUCUCCACUGUCUCACUCCAUGGCCGGCGAUCCAUCCCGGCCAGGAUUUCCUCCCAAGUCCAGGACCCUUUACCGUCCAAUAUCUCCUCCCAUGUCCAGGCUGCCUGCUCCUCUCUACGGCGCGCCUCCACCGUCUCUUCUCCCGGCGCUUCCUCCCAUGUCCAGCCCAAGAGCUGCCCCUGGACACGCUGCUUGGUCGUUGCAUGGUGGGUUCUUCUGUCACGAUCGUCGUAUUGAACAGACCAAGGCGCAGCGUGAUGAACGAACAUGUUUAACUUUAUUAUCUUUAGUGAUAAUAGAACACAAUCAACAAAACAAGAAACGACUCGUGAAGUCCACGGUAACAAUGACCGAACACGGAACAAGAACCCAAAAACACAAAGGGAAAAUAGACAGUAUAAAUAUGGCUCCCAAUCAGAGACAACCAACGACAGCUGACACUCGUUGCCUCUGAUUGGGAGUCACUCUAGCCAACAUAGAAAUAAACACAACAGAAUUACCAACAUAGAAAUAAACACAUAGAAUGAACACACCCUGGCUCAACAUAUAGAGUCCCAGAGCCAGGGUGUGACAACCUAUAGUGAAUUUGGACUACCACUGAAAAGAAUGAACCUGAACAGAUCACAGAGUAUGAGCAAAUUUUACACAAUACUUUUUAUGUGUGCGCAAAGAGACUAAGAGCUCUACAGUGCUCAAUCCUGUAACUUGGUCUCUAUGAAAAUUAAAUUAAAUUAAAUAGCAUAUUUAGAUUAAUUUCCAAAACAAGUUUUACAGUGUGAAGCAAAACAUCAACUAUAUGGUUGUAAUUCAGUAACACACAAAAACACUUUUUUGAGACACAUACAUCUUAUCUUGACUGCCAUCUACUCUCUCACCCACAGAGCCCAUUUCAAACGUUGACUCUAAGGGCCAAUGCCAUUGAUCUAGUGGAAUUGAACGACACUGCCAUUUUCACCUGUUCCGUCUCCUCUGGCACUUCCCUCUCUUACCGCUGGCUGAAUGGCAGCUCAGAGGUCACAGCCAGUGACAGAGUUCGGCUUGGUGGUGGGAACAGCACUCUCACCAUAGUCAGUGUGACACGAUACGAUGAAGGGCCAUUCAGAUGUAUGGUCAUCAACGGAAUCAGCAAUGGCACCAGCCAGCCCAUUGGCCUCAAUGUUAGAUGUGAGUAUCAGAGUCUGCAGUACAUAUCAAUCAUACUCAACAGACAUGGAUUGUACCUUGUCAUUGAGAGCCAGCACUCCAUGCAAUGAUGCAAUAUGCCUAUUUUCAUCAUAAACCAUUCCUCUGUAUCCACUUGAUCCAGGUCAUUAUUUGCAUGGAUCAUUAGUACACUGUGUUUAGUAGAGCAGGACAAAAACAUAUUCUAGGGAAUGUUUACCCAACACAUCAUUGUUAUUGGUUCCUCCCAUAGAUGGCCCAAGUAAUCUCACCAUGAUGGUACUUCCUGAGAUGACCAUAGGACAUACAGCCUACAAAUCGGGCUCUGACAUCACUCUGUCCUGCUCCGCUCAGUCCAAACCCGCUGUGUCCUACAAGUGGAGGUUUAAUGGGGCGUUCCUCAAUGAGCAAAGCCCACAGCUCAGCCUGCAGAACACCAGGGAGAACCAGACAGGAGGUUACUCCUGCUUAGCCCACAACAAUGUCACACUCCGAUUCGCCACCCUGACCACAAUGAUAAAGAUCAUGGGUGAGGCAACAUUCACUGUUUACGAAAUGUCAUAUAGUUGGUAGUGAAUAUUUGAUUAUUGAUGGUUAAGAAUACAAUGUUAUGUAAUUAGGCAAUAAGGCCAGAGGAGGUGUGGUAUAUGUCCAAUAUAACACAGCUAAGGGCUGUUCUUAUGCCUGGACACAGCCCUUAGCAGUGGUAUAUUGGCCGUAUACCACAAACCCCCGAGGUGCCUUAUUGCUAUUAUAAACUGUUUACCAAAGUUAUUAGAGUAGCAAAAAGCAAUGUUUUGUCAUACACGUGGUAUACCACGGCUUUCAGCAAAUUCAGGGCUCAAACCACCCAGUUUACAAUGGUCUUUUUACCACCGAUCGAGUGAAGUACAACACGACAAAUGACUCAUCCUCUUCUUUUACUCUAGAGCCGAUAUCAGCAGUUGCGUUGAACAGUGAUGGGAAGCCACCGAUACUGGGUCAGUCGCUCACUUUGCGGUGUGAGGUGACUGGACCUGUAGACUACAUUCACUGGCUGAUGAACAGCCAGCUCAUCUCCCUAAACAACAGAACGAUCUUCUCUACGGACAACAAGACAAUGGUUAUCAACCCAAUCCAGUUUUCUGACAGUGGAGAAUAUCUCUGUGAGGCCUUUAAUGCUGCCAGCAACCUGACCAGCAUGACAUACAAGCUUGUGGUGAACUGUGAGUAUUACACGAGCUGGUAAUCUUUGUCUGAUAAGACCAAUUCAGUGGCCUUGUAGUUAGAGUGUCCGCCCUGAGAUUAGAAGGUUGGGAGUUUGAUCCCUGGACGAGUCAUACCAACAACUGUACAAAUGGGACCCAAUGUGUAUUUUCUUGGCACUCAACAUUAAGGAGAUAGAAUCGGGGUAAGGGCCUGUGAUAGACUAGCGUCCUGUCCAGGGGAUGUACUUAUACAUCAAGCUGCAACACACUUGUGCAAGGCUAUUUACUUACUAAUCUUUGUCAAAAUAGUCAAACCAUAAGAUAAACCAUACUGUUAACUGUUUAACAGUUGGACCAGAGAGACCUGCUGUAACUAGUCCAGAUAUCGCGAUGACAGGACACAUCGUCACCUUCAACUGCUCAGCCUCCUCUCAGCCUCCCAGCCAGUUCAGCUGGUUCUUCAAUGGCUCCAAGGUGGCGACUGGCUCAGUGUAUAAGACUAGCCCACUAACCUUAGCCAGUUAUGGGGAGUACACCUGUGUGGCCUUCAACAACAUCACUGGCAGAAACAGCACUGUCUCCAAGAUGCUCACCGUCAUUGGUAAGACAGAAGAGACAUCUAAACUGUUUAACUUGUACAUGUAGAUAUAGGCCAAUCAACAUACAGUGAUUGCAGUCAAUAUUCUUGUGAUACUCUGAUGUUUUCUUCACAGAUCCAGUCACAAUGGCCAUGGUGAAAGUCAUUGGAGCCCAGCCAAUACUGAAUGAGACAUUCUCUCUGACCUGUGACACCGCUGGAACCAUUUACUCCAUUCACUGGAUGAGGAACAGCUGGCCUCUGUAUGCUGACAACAGAAAACAAUUUUCUAUGAACAACAAUACACUGACAUUCAACUAUGUCCAGCGUUCUGACAAUGGAGACUAUCAGUGUUCUGCCUCCAACCAACUCAGCAACAUGACCAGCCCAAGCUACAGACUGAUCGUCAACUGUGAGUAGUUAUUAUGUCCCAAAACCAAACUUGAUAUCUGCCAAUCUAAUUCUAAUUUUGACCUAUAAUGAGGGCAAGAUUAAAUGUGUAGUAAUGGAAUUGGGGUAGGUAUUGAUGCCACUUCUGGCACCAAUAUAAUGAAGCCAAGGGGAUGGCUGGGUAUUGCUGGGGUCAAACUCAGGGAAGCGCACUAAUGGCAGUUCCAAUAGCUAAUCUCAUUCAAUAUCUUCAUUAUCUUGUGUUUCCCAGAUGGUCCAGAGAGACCUGUUAUCAUGAGUCCGGAUAUAGCGAUGACAGGAUACAUUGUCACCUUCAACUGCUCGGCCUCCUCUCAGCCUCCCAGCCAGUUCAGCUGGUUCUUCAAUGGCUCCCAGGUGGCAACUGGCUCAGUGUAUAAGACUAGCCCACUGACCUUAGCCAGUCAUGGGAAGUACACCUGUGUGGCCUUCAACAACGUCACUGGCAGAAAUAGCACUGUCUCCAAGAUGCUCACUGUUGUUGGUGAGUCAGCAACUGCUACUUAAAAUCAAGGAACUAAAACAUGCUUUAGUUUGUUUGUGUUCAGUUGGUUUUAGACACAGCCUAAGCGCUGUUGAACCUACAGUAUAAUUAGAUGGAAGUUGAGAUAUAAAGUGCUGAAAAACCAUUUGACCUACUUUCCACAGCACCUGUGACCAUGACCAUGGUGAAAGUCAUUGGAGCCCAGCCAAUACUGAAUGAGACAUUCUCUCUGACCUGUGACACCGCUGGAACCAUUUACUCCAUUCACUGGAUGAGGAACGGCUGGCCUCUGUAUGCUGACAACAGAAAACACUUUUCUAUGAACAACAAUACACUGACAUUCAACUAUGUCCAGCGUUCUGACAAUGGAGACUAUCAGUGUUCUGCCUCCAACCAACUCAGCAACAUGACCAGCCCAAGCUACAGACUGAUCGUCAACUGUGAGUAGUUAUUAUGUCCCAAAACCAAACUUGAUAUCUGCCAAUUUAAUUCUAAUUUUGACCUAUAAUGAGGGCAAGAUUAAAUGUGUAGUAAUGGAAUUGGGGUAGGUAUUGAUGCCACUUCUGGCACCAAUAUAAUGAAGCCAAGGGGAUGGCUGGGUAUUGCUGUGGUAGAACUAAGGGAAGCGCACUAAUGGCAGUUCCAAUAGCUAAUCUCAUUCAAUAUCUUCAUUAUCUUGUGUUUCCCAGAUGGUCCAGAGAGACCUGUUAUCAUGAGUCCGGAUAUAGCGAUGACAGGAAUCAUCGUCACCUUCAACUGCUCGGCCUCCUCUCAGCCUCCCAGCCAGUUCAGCUGGUUCUUCAAUGGCUCCCAGGUGGCAACUGGCUCAGUGUAUAAUACUAGCCCACUGACAUUAGCCAGUCAUGGGAAGUACACCUGUGUGGCCUUCAACAAUGUCACUGGCAGAAAUAGCACUGUCUCCAAGAUGCUCACUGUUGUUGGUCAGUCAGCAACUGCUACUUAAAAUCAAGGAACUAAAACAUGCUUUAGUUUGUUUGUGUUCAGUUGGUUUUAGACACAGCCUAAGCGCUGUUGAACCUACAGUAUAAUUAGAUGGAAGUUGAGAUAUAAAGUGCUGAAAAACCAUUUGACCUACUGUACUUUCCACAGCACCUGUGACCAUGACCAUGGUGAAAGUCAUUGGAGCCCAGCCAAUACUGAAUGAGACAUUCUCUCUGACCUGUGACACCGCUGGAACCAUUUACUCCAUUCACUGGAUGAGGAACGGCUGGCCUCUGUAUGCUGACAACAGAAAACACUUUUCUAUGAACAACAAUACACUGACAUUCAACUAUGUCCAGCGUUCUGACAAUGGAGACUAUCAGUGUUCUGCCUCCAACCAACUCAGCAACAUGACCAGCCCAAGCUACAGACUGAUCGUCAACUGUGAGUAGUUAUUAUGUCCCAAAACCAAACUUGAUAUCUGCCAAUUUAAUUCUAAUUUUGACCUAUAAUGAGGGCAAGAUUAAAUGUGUAGUAAUGGAAUUUGGGUAGUUAUUGAUGCCACUUCUGGCACCAAUAUAAUGAAGCCAAGGGGAUGGCUGGGUAUUGCUGGGGUAGAACUAAGGGAAGCGCACUAAUGGCAGUUCCAAUAGCUAAUCUCAUUCAAUAUCUUCAUUAUCUUGUGUUUCCCAGAUGGUCCAGAGAGACCUGUUAUCAUGAGUCCGGAUAUAGCGAUGACAGGAUACAUCGUCACCUUCAACUGCUCGGCCUCCUCUCAGCCUCCCAGCCAGUUCAGCUGGUUCUUCAAUGGCUCCCAGGUGGCAACUGGCUCAGUGUAUAAGACUAGCCCACUGACAUUAGCCAGUCAUGGGAAGUACACCUGUGUGGCCUUCAACAACGUCACUGGCAGAAAUAGCACUGUCUCCAAGAUGCUCACUGUUGUUGGUGAGUCAGCAACUGCUACUUAAAAUCAAGGAACUAAAACAUGCUUUAGUUUGUUUGUGUUCAGUUGGUUUUAGACACAGCCUAAGCGCUGUUGAACCUACAGUAUAAUUGGAUGGAAGUUGAGAUAUAAAGUGCUGAAAAACCAUUUGACCUACUUUCCACAGCACCUGUGACCAUGACCAUGGUGAAAGUCAUUGGAGCCCAGCCAAUACUGAAUGAGACAUUCUCUCUGACCUGUGACACCGCUGGAACCAUUUACUCCAUUCACUGGAUGAGGAACGGCUGGCCUCUGUAUGCUGACAACAGAAAACACUUUUCUAUGAACAACAAUACACUGACAUUCAACUAUGUCCAGCGUUCUGACAAUGGAGACUAUCAGUGUUCUGCCUCCAACCAACUCAGCAACAUGACCAGCCCAAGCUACAGACUGAUCGUCAACUGUGAGUACACUCUUAGAAAAAAAGGUUCCAAAUGGGUUCUGUGGCUGUCCCCAUAGGAGAACCCUUUUUGGUUCCAGGUAGAACUCUUUUGGGUUCUAUGUAUAACCCUCUGUGGAAAGGGUUCUACAUGGAACCCAAAACACUUCUACCUGGAACCAAAAGGGGUUCUUCAAAGCAUUCUACUAUGGGGACAGCCAAAUAACCCUUUUUGGUUCUAGGUAGCACCUUUUUAUCUGAGUGUAGCUAACAAGUGCUAUAAAGUUCAACUUUAACCCCAUGGCUUAAGGUGGAAUCUUUGAGAACUUCCUUUAUAAAUAUUGUAGUAAAGUCAAUGUAAAGGUUUUGAUCCCACCUCUAACACUAUUAACAUAUUUUGAUGACCUUUGACCUUCUGGUCAAUGACCCCUAUUGAGUGACAGUCAGAUGUUGGGUCUAACUGAUUGUCUUUUGUGUUAUAGAUGGACCAGAGAUGCCUGUUAUAACAGGACCAGCAUUAGGAGAAACAGGACACAUCGUGACCUUCAACUGCUCGGCCUCCUCUCAGCCUCCCAGCCAGUUCAGCUGGUUCUUCAAUGGUUCCCAGGUGGCGACUGACUCAGUGUAUGAGACUGGCCCACUGACCUUAGCCACUUAUGGGGAGUACACCUGUGUGGCCUUCAACAACAUCACUGGCAAAAACAGCACUGUCUCCAAGAUGCUCACUGUUGUUGGUGAGUCAGACUGUAGAUUAUUUGCUUUGUUGUGUUCAUUUACAAUCUGAUUAGAAUAACAAUAACAUACUUAGCAUACAAAAGAGGCCAAACAUUUCACAUUUUUACUCAGCGAAGAUGUACAGCUGAAUACAUCCAUUCAAUAUAGUGCAGUGUCCACUUAUACCCUUAGCUCUCACCCCCUCCUUCCACAAAGAUGUACUUUUCCAUCACCCAGGAUUUAUCUGUGCUCCUCCAUGCCUAUCACAGGACUUCUCAUCAGUCAGGAGAGGCCUUGGGAGUAUACAUUCCUGGAGUCCACUGCAGUCCACUAAAUAAUGACACUUCUCAUACACAGAGUUUGAACCUAACACUACCUUCAAAUUAUAAACACAUAAAAACAAUCUAUUCAUACUAAGGGGAUAGAAUUAUAUAAAACAGGAAAUAUAUAAAACUGUAAGAUAAACAGUAAUUUACAAUCUUUCAGAUCGUACAACCAUUUGUUUUAUAUGUACAUUUUUUAUAUAUCCAACUAUUGCAUCGCUGGAACUAACCAUUUUAUCAAAUGACAAAUAUUGAUACUGUACAUAAAGCAAUACACAUCCUCUCUCCUCACAGAGGCUAUAAAGUCGGUGAUGGUGAAACAAAGCAAAAUACCGAUAGCAUCUGACAAUCUAACCCUGACCUGUGAUGUCACUGGGCGCUAUGACACAAUCUACUGGAUGAAGGACAACCUGCCUCUGAUCCUGAACAACACCUUGAACUCUGACAUCACCAUCUCCAACAACUCUCUGCACUUCAGUCCAGUCAACGUGUCUAAUGAUGGAAACUAUCAGUGCGUCGCCACCAACCUCCUUCGUCCACACACCAGCCCUAAAUACAAGCUAUUGGUGAACUGUAAGUACUGGCGUUUUAAUCUGUUGGUAAAAUAUUUAAAAAGAUAAAAAUGGUACAUUAUAUAAUGUAGAAACAGUCAGAAACCCACCACUGUUAUGAUGGUUAGUGCUAUUAGGGAUACUUGGGAUGUCCCUAGCCUAAACCCUAACCUUAACCCCUACCAUUACCUUAACCUUUACCUAGCCUUAACCUUAACUCUUACCUUAACUGUUUUAAAUUUCAACUUCAAUGGGGUGACGUAAGAGUUGGAUGUCCCAAGUACCCCGUUUAGACAUUUUUCCCUGUUAUGACUCCCCCCCCCCCCCACCCCCCCCUCCCCUCUCUAAACCUCUUUCUGUAGAUGGCCCUCUGAGUGUGAACAUCUCUGGACCAGUCUCAGUGAUGAUUGGCUCAGUAAUCACAGCCACGCUGAAGUGCUCUGCCGACUCCCAGCCAACCAGUGAAUACGGGUGGAAAUUCAACAACCAAUCAGUGCUGGGGACUGGUCCUUUGAUAGCUGUUGUCGCCUCCUUGGAGAAUGCAGGGAACUACACUUGUGUGGCCAAGAACCCUGUGACCAACAUCUCAAUGUCCAACACCAUCAGUCUGGAUGUCACUGGUAAGUGGGUCGGCUGUUGUAGUAAGACCUAGGUGGAAUGUACUGAGUAAUCAAAUGUCACAAAGUUGUUUUUAUUAUGUUGAAACUUGGUAUUAAAUAUUGGCAUACUUGUUUGUGCAAGGAUCAUUUUCAUGCAUCAGGGAAAAUGCAAUAAAGACAUAUGCUGAACUGGGGGGUACAGACAGGAAUCAAGAAUAUUACAAUUUAAAGAAACUUCCUCACUCAUUCUCUUUGCCCUCCUCCUCUCCCAUUCUCUUUGCCCUCCUCCUCUCCCAUUCUCUUUGCCCUCCUCCUCUCCCAUUCUCUUUGCCCUCCUCCUCUCCCAUUCUCUUUGUCUACCUCCUCUCCCAUUCUCUUUGCCCUCCUCUCCCAUUCUCUUUGCCCUCCUCCUCUCCCAUUCUCUUUGCCCUCCUCCUCUCCCAUUCUCUUUGCCCUCCCCCUCUCCCAUUCUCUUUGUCCUCCUCCUCUCCCAUUAUCUUUGUCUCCUUUCUCUCUCAGGCCACUCUCCUGCCCCUCCAUUCCAGUCCAGAGUUGGUCUGAUGCUGAUGGCCCUGCUAGCUCUCUCUCUCUGCCUCUGA